AUGGUAGGUUUGCUAAGGAAGACUACCUACCUUGUGGGAUUGGUUAUACAUGAGAGUCUUUCAAAUGGUUACCCAAAGAUUCUUGAUAUUCUUGAGCGAAUUCCUAAAAAUGCAGCAUAUAGAACAUAUGCAGAACAGAUUACAAAUGAGAAGCUGAGUAUGGCUAAAGUAGAACCAGAUGUUAAGAAAUUAGAAGACCAACUUCAGGGUGGUCAACUAGAAGAGGUGGUAUUUCAGGCUGGAAAUGAACUAAGUCUGGCAGGAAAAAUGAUACACUGGGAACCAUGGGAGCAUUUACUGGAAGAGCUUCCUGCCAACCAGUGGAAACAGCCAAUAUAA